GCCACAGUAUGUUAAUUUUGCUGACUCAUUAAUUCUGUGGUCAUACCACAUCCUUGCAGUUCAAAAUAUAAAGCGGGGCAUCACAGUCAGUUUCAACAUUCAACAUCUGAUCAAACAAUUUCGAAGAAAUGUCCUGCCUGAGGAAUUUCAAUGUUUUCUUCUCAUGCAUGUUUCUCUUCAUCAUCCAACCAGGUCAUGGUUCUGAGAUUAUUGGAGGGAAAGAAGUCGAGCCACACUCACUGCCUUUCAUGGCUCAUGUGAGAAGUGAACGAUCUGCGUGUGGCGGGAUAUUAAUCGAUCCACAAUGGGUCCUGACAGCCGCCCACUGCAAAGAUAUGACUAUAGUGAUACUGGGAGCACACUCCCUCAGGAAUGUGGAAGUUGAUUCUUGGCAGGUCAGAGAGGUUGAGAAACGAUUUCCUCAUCCUGGCUAUUACAGUCCAUUCAAGGGCAAUGACCUCACGUUGCUCAAGCUGAAGGAACCAGUGAUGCUCACCAAGACAGUGAAAUGUCUCCAGUUGGGCAACACCGUCAAGGAGCCUCCAGCUGGCAGCAAAUGUAUGGUGGCUGGAUGGGGACGAACUGAAAGCAACCAACCAUCUGAUGUUCUCAUGUCUGCCAAUGUGACUGUGAUCGACAGAGAGACAUGCAACUCUUAUUAUUAUUAUACUGUUAUCACCAGUGACAUGAUAUGUGCUGGUUCAACUGGCAAAAAAAAGGUUGAUGUUUGUCGAGGGGAUUCAGGAGGGCCACUGUUGUGCGAUGGGGUGCUGGUUGGAGCUACUUCUUUUGGAAGGACGUGUGAGAGUAAAGAGAACGUACCGGGAGUCUACGCAUUUGUCUCAAACAAACAACUCAGCUGGAUCAAAGAAACAAUGAAGUCAUAUGAAAUGCCAUGAAUCCACAGGCAUCAAUACAUAUGAGCUAAGCAAGACAAAAAUAUUUUAUGCUUUUAUGGUUAAUCUGUCGCUGCUUUCACCAUAGAGGAUACACAUAUAUGAUAUCAGCCCCAUCAUGGUUAGUACUGUCCACUGCAGAAACAUAAAACCAAAUCUUCUUUGCAGCCUUUCUCUUGGACAAUCAUUGUAAAGGUUUGUGGAUUAUUUAAUUUUCCAGAAUUGCGUUUUGGCUGCUGUUGCUGUAGAGUCUACAUAAAUGUGGUUAUUUCUGAAAGAAUUUCUACAAGAACAGUUCCUAAAAUAAUUUCUUCUUGCAGUGAAAAAUGACCUUUACCCAUCUUUUAUUGUCUUACUUGUAAAAAAUACUGUUAAUACUGUUAACUAGAAAACUGAGUUAAAAAGAUUUGUUUAUGAAAACCCCCAAGAAACAUUUUUAUAUACCUUUUACAUUUUCUACUUUCUAAUAAAGCUAACAGC